AUCAUGUUCUCUGCUGCUGUUGCUGCUCUCAGAACCAGAUCUACUGUCGUAAGAAGUUCUGUUUCCAUUCGUCAUUAUUCAUCCCAUAAAGAAGUUCUUUUUGGUCAAGAUGGUCGUCAACGAAUGGCUAAAGGCGUUGAUAUUCUUGCCAAGGCCGUUGCUGUCACUCUGGGACCAAAAGGUCGCAAUGUGAUCAUUGAACAAACAUAUGGAUCUCCAAAGAUCACCAAGGAUGGUGUUACAGUUGCAAAAUCAAUUGUUUUGGAAGACAAAUUCGAGAAUCUCGGUGCUCGUCUCGUUCAAGAUGUUGCUAGCAAGACAAACGAGGCUGCUGGUGACGGUACCACCACUGCCACCAUUCUUACUCGUGCUAUUUUCUCAGAGGGUCUCAAAAAUGUCGCUGCAGGUGUCAACUCUAUGGAUCUUCGUAAAGGUGUUCAUCAAGCUGUGGAUCUUGUGGUUCGCUUCUUGAAGGAAAACGCUCGUCCCAUCACCACCUCGCAGGAAAUUGCUCAGGUUGCUACCAUAUCUGCCAACGGUGAUAAGCACGUUGGUCAAGUCAUUGCUAAUGCCAUGGAAAAGGUGGGCAAAGAAGGUGUCAUUACCGUCCAGGAAGGCAAAACUCUUGUUGAUGAGCUCGAGGUCACUGAAGGCAUGCGUUUUGAUCGUGGUUUCAUUUCACCUUACUUUGUUACUGAUGCUCGCACCCAGAAGAUUGAGUUUGAAAAACCUCUUCUUCUUUUUUCUGAGCGCAAGAUCUCUUCCCUUCAGGAUCUACUUCCUGCUCUUGAAAUCUCUGCACAAAAGCGUCGUCCACUUCUCAUUAUUGCCGAGGAUAUCGACGGUGAGGCUCUCGCUGCAUGCAUCCUCAACAAACUUCGUGGACAGCUUCAAGUCGCCUGUGUCAAGGCACCCGGAUUCGGUGACAACCGCAAGGCAAUCUUGCAAGACAUGGCUAUUCUCACAGGAGGAACCGUUUUUAGCGAUGAAGUCAACAUUAAGCUCGAAAAGUGUCUUUUUGAAGAUCUUGGCUCAGCUGCUCUUGCCACCGUCACAAAGGAUGACACCAUUUUCCUCAAUGGUGCUGGAUCCAAGGAUGCCGUUAGCCAACGUUGCGAUCAGCUUCGCUCUUUCAUCACCUCCACAGUCUCCGACUACGAGCGUGAAAAACUUCAGGAGCGUCUUGCUAAGCUCUCUGGCGGUGUUGCUGUCAUUAAAGUCGGUGGUGGUUCCGAAGUUGAAGUGGGCGAGAAAAAGGAUCGAUUCGAUGAUGCUCUUAAUGCCACUCGUGCUGCCGUCGAAGAGGGCAUCGUUCCCGGUGGAGGUACCGCCUUUAUCAAGGCUAGUCGUCUUCUCCAAAGCCUCAAGCUUGAAAACUUUGACCAAAAUCUUGGUGUCGAUAUCGUCCGCAAAGCUAUUCUUGCUCCAACUCGCAUUAUCGUCGAUAAUGCUGGCGAGGAAGGAUCUGUGGUGGUGGGUCGCUUGCUUGAAUCCUACACUCCUCCAAAAGAGGGAUUGAAAGAUACCAACGAGACUUCCUUUAGCUAUGGAUACAAUGCUGCCACAGGCCAGUAUGUGGAUAUGAUCAAGGAAGGUAUUAUUGAUCCACUCAAGGUUCAGCGCACUGCUCUCUAUGAUGCUAGCAGUGUUGCUUCGCUUUUGACUACUACCGAGGCAAUGAUUGUCGAUGCUCCUACCAAGGAGGGUGCUGCACCUGCUAUGGGCGGCAUGGGUGGUAUGGGCGGCAUGGGUGGUAUGGGCGGUAUG